CCAACCACCACCAUGGUCCGUAAUAAACUUAAAAAUGAUAUGAAGCAUUGACAAGUAUCACCAAAUUUUAUCAAAUUAAAAAAUGAAUAAACUUAAAGCAAUGAAUUAUCUCGACUAAAAAUAUCAUAGAGUAAAUGAGGUAUUAAAUUGAAUCUUUUGUAGAAUUACUGACUCUCUAUGGUAAUAUGCAAUAGAAAUAUAUUGAUUGUACAGUGCCGGUUUUUAGCUUGUAAUUUAGAAGUUUUUCGCUACCUACAAUAAAAACAAAUUGUCACAAAAUGUGUUCAAACCAAACCACAAAUAUGAUAAUUCCACAAAAAGCUGAUUGCGUGUACACGUUAUCCUAUUGGUAUGUAUGUGACGUCUAUAAAUUUUAAGACCAUGUUCAUUUUGUUUAUUCACACAAAAUACAACAUUUACUAAAGAAAAAAAGUAUUUGAUGUUUUGCAUACGUCCAUAUACAUUCCAUCAGUAUUCUAUUCUGUAAAUAAACCAUUGUAAAAACAACUAUUAAAAAAUAGACAGUCAACUAAAAUUUAUUUGUUAUCAAAUAACAACAAAAUUGAUAGAUAAUAAAUUUACAUGGGUAAACUCACUAUAAAUGGCCCACCAAUUUAUUAAAAUGUUUUUUAAAUAUUUGUAUAUCUAUAAAUUAAAUUUAUUGUAUAAUAAAUACUAAAAACCUGCAUGUAUUAUGUUUACAUGUUAAUGUCUAAACUGUUAUAUCCUUGGAUUUUAGAUACCAUUCAAAAUUGUAAUAUUAUUGAAUAAUAAUUAAGGUCAUUUGACUGAAUAUAAUAGAUAAUAUAGGUAAUAUAUUUAUAUAAAUAAAUUUAAACUAUUUUAAUGUUAUAUAUACAAAAGCAUUCAAUGAUAAUGUUAAUCUAUGUAAAAAAGACAGAAGAUAUUGGUAUAGAUGGUUGGGCAUUUUAAAGUUUAUAAAAAGAAAUAAAUUAUGACAAACAACUUAAUUCUUAAAGGAGAUUUACCCAUGCUUAUGAUCCAACUAAUUAAAUGAAAAAAAAGUUCUGAUAAUAAAAAAGUAGUCUUGAGCGCAAGGGAUGAUAAGGAUGUAGUAACUUACUCUGUAUUCAAAUGCGUGUCAGGCAGGGAUGGGUUAAUCAAGUAUUAUCAUUGAGGUGCCCCCUAACGCAUGCCCUGUGGGUCCUAUAUGGAAAACUAUAUUAUAGUUAACAGAUCUAAAACAUACAAUUCCUUAUGGCUUAAAUAAUAUAUUGUAUCUUUAAAAUCAAUUUAUGAAUAUCUACAUCAAUUUAUAAUUAUUAUUUUUUUUUUUUCAGCGAAGAAAAUAUAUGGCAUUUAGCAAAACUGAUAUUGGACUUAAAUAAAGCUACAUCAGAUCUUAAAGCGUAUGUAAUCCUAUUGUCAAAUUCAAACAAAUGUGUACAUUUAUGGAAACAAAAUAGUCCACAGAAAGAUGGCCUUCUAUUUUGGGUAUUUUAAAAUUAUUAUUAAAAAGAAUAAAGGAUUGUACAACAAAUUAAACAAAUUUUAAAUUAAAAAUAGUACUUGUGUAUUAAGUAGAGCAUUAAAAAUUGACAAACAAAACAAUUUUAAUAUCAGAGAUUUAGAACCUUAACUAUUAUUAUUUACUAUGUUUACAUAAAGAUAACAAUAUAAUGAUUAUAAAUCAAUGGGAAAUUAUAUGUUCCUAGAAAAACUACUUAAUUCCAUAGGGCCUUGUUCAUGCGCGGUAUUAAAUGAAAAUAUACAAAAAUAAAAUGUGUCUCCCAGUAAUAAUUAAAGUAAUCCAUUAACCACUGCCCGCAACAUAAUCACGCAUAAGGUGCUUUAUUUUUAUUUGUAAUAGCUAUAUAGAGUAUAUGUUAUAGAUCAGAUAAUCACGGUCUUAUAAUAUAAACAACAUAAGAGUGAAAAGACGGCUGGAUUUUCAAAUGCUCAUAGUAACCUAUCACCUAAACUUCCUACAAAUAAACGCCUCAAUUAUUAAUGGGAGGUGCUAGACACAAUCAUCAGUGAAUUAUUUAUCAAUUAGUGGUUGUGGAGAAAAUUGACGUGCACACAACAUCUAUUUUUAUAAAUAAUAUAUAUCGAUUAAAAAAAAAUUUAAUGAUAUCAAACCACUCAUUUAAAACUAUUUUAAAUUUUGAAAUCCUUGUGUAAUACAUUCAGUAUUUAUUUUAGUUUAUUUAUAAAAAUUGCAUGCUGAUACAGAAGUGUUAAAAUUUAAAUAAUAAAUGAUUGAUAAAAGUUUAGAAAUGUUACCAGAUACAGUUUCAUUCUAUACUAGUGUCUUAAAAAAUAAUAAUACGUUUUAAGUAAUGGAUAAGUUGUACCUAUAAUUUUUAGGAUUAUCAUGCAUUUAUGAUUACUGAACACCAAGAUCAAACUAUGGUUUUUGAUUUCGAUACUACGUUGCCAUUUCCUGUUUCAUUCUCUCAAUAUUGUAAGGAAGCUUUGAGAAAUGAUUUAAAGGAAAUUCAAACAUGGCGGUAUUUUAUGUGUCAGUAGUAAUGCUAUGAUACAAAUAAAAAUUAUUUUAUAUGCAUUUAGGUUUUUCAGAGUUGUUGAGGCUAACACAUAUUUGACGGAAUUUUCAUCUGAUAGAGGACACAUGUUGGAAGGCGAUCAUUGGUUGGCAGAGCCACCAAAUUAUCCACCAAUCUUAAACAAAAGUAUACAAUUUGUUAAUUUUUUUAAAUAAACAUAAUUUUAAACAAUUUAUUGAUAUUAGCAUAUUAGCAAAAAUAAUAUACAUUUAAAAUCAAUAAAUAAAAAUGUAAUAAUUUGAUUGUAAAUAGUAAAUAGCUCAUAAUUGUGUAAUUUGUUAUUUAAAUUAUAACUGAAUUUAUUCAAUAUAAAAAGAAAUUCAGAAUACCUAGAGCCUACUAUUGAUGUUUAUCUAAUAUGGAAGGAAUUUAAAAAAAAAAAUCAACAUAAAUUGUUAUUAUUCAAUUUAAGAACUAAAUAGUUUUAAAUUUGAACAAUACUGAUGAGUAAAAUACGAAUUUAUAUGCACUUAAAAUUCACAAAAAGCAAUUAAAAACGUUAAAAAAUAUUUAAAAGAGCAAUUAUGUUUAGAAUAGGAACAUAGUUUAGUUAGUAUACAGAGUAUACUAAAUGUAUAGGAGUUUAAAAGUUUUCUCCUUUAUUGUUUCUUACUUGAUAAAAUAAAAUUAACACUAAAAAAAUGUUUAUUUCUAAGUAAUUUUUUUCAAAUAAAUUUGUGUGUGUUAUAAAAAAAUAAAAUGCUUUGUGUUAAUCAUUUUUCAGUGUUAGAAAAAUGUAUAUAAUGGGGUGAGAACUGUCAGAGUUGAGACUUUAAAACUCAUCUACCAUUUGCUUAUUUAAAUAUUUUCUUUUUUAUGAAUUUUAAUCACAUAGAUCCGUGCCCUACUGAUGAGUAAUUACUAUAUUAAUAUUAUUUUAACAACUUGUUACAGAAAAAGAACAUAACUUGGAGUCUUUUAUAUCAAUGGAAUGUUCAAAUGAAUAUGGACAGGUGCUUAAUCUCGAUGAGUUCAAAGCUAGGUUUUCUUAGUAUAAUUAAUUACAUAAUCUAUUUGAAUUUUAAUGUAAUUUACUUAAAUUUACAAUUAUGUUUUACAUCAUCAAAUAAAAUUAGUUUGUAACAAUAUUUUAACUCUCAAUUAAAUAAAUAAUAUUUUCAUCCACGAUUAUAUAGAUUACAUUACACUACCUAUAAUUGUGUUAUUAUUAUAAGACUAAUUUUAAUUAUUAUGUUUUUAUUCGUCAACAUAAGUGUGCAUGCAAUUAUACCUAAUAUUUAUUGAUAUUAAACAAAUAUCUGAUUGAUUUGAUGUAUUAUACAUUUAUAAUAUUAUAAUAUUAUUGUACUUAUACUUUUUCAAUUUUAAUGGC